UUCCACUCCUUGAGAAUGAGAGGGUCUAUGAAUCUGCGUCUAGGAAAAAACACCCUGCCUCUCGUCCAAAGUUAACAGAGACAACAGCGCCCUGUGACCGUAAAUACGCAGCUCAUAUAAAAUCAGAGUCUGGGAGGAGUUUGACCUCGGAGGGGAACUGGUCCAACUGGUUGGUUCAGAAUUUCCUUGUUACGAGUCGAACGGUUUGGUGUGGCUCACUUCAUCACAGCAGGAAGACGACGAAGGAAUGGCCUCUGCUACUUCCGGGUCUGAGGAGGUCUCCUCCUGUUCCAUCUGUCUGGAUGUGUUCAACAGCCCAGUCACCACACCAUGUGGGCACAACUUCUGCAGAACCUGUAUUACAACGUUCUGGGAUGACCAAGUCCAGUACAAAUGUCCUGUUUGCAACGAGCUGUUCCACACAAGACCUGAUUUACGGGUCAAUACCCUCUUUUCAGAGAUGGUUGAUCGGUUAGGAAGGACUGUACGAGUGAAAGAGCUGCCUUGUGUUGAACCAGGAGAGGUUCCCUGUGACGUCUGUACUGGGACCCAGCUGAGGGCCGUGAAGUCCUGCCUAGGGUGUUAUACCUCUUUCUGCCAAGCCCAUCUGGAUCCAUAUCAGAGAGUCGCUGGCCUGCAGAAACAUCAGCUGAUCGACCCUUUAGACAGACUGGAAGACAGGGUGUGUAAGAAACACAACAGACUUCUGGAGUUCUUCUGUCAGACUGACCAGGUGUGUGUGUGUUUGUUGUGCACAACCACGGACCACAAGUCCCAUCCUGUUGUACCUAUGAAGGAGGAAUAUGAAGUGAAGACGGCCCAGCUGGGGAAGAUAGAGGCUAAAGUUCAGCAGAUGAUCCAUGCGAGAAAACAAAAGAGUCAGGAAAUCAAUGACACAGCGAAUCACAGCAAAGCAGAAGCAGACAAAGAGAUGGCCGAUGGUCGGCAGGUCCUCACUGCUCUGAAGCGCUCUGUUGAAAAGUGUCUGGAUGAUUUCGACCAAACUGUUCAAGAGAAACUGAAAUCCACAGAGAAUGAAGCUGAUGGUCUCAUCAAAGAGCUGGGGAAGGAAAUAGAAGAUCUGACCAAUAUAAGCUCAGAGGUGAAGCAGCUCUCACACACUGAAGACCACCUCCACUUCCUCCAGGGCCUCAGAUCCCUGAAGGAUCCUCCACCCACCAGGGACUGGACGAAGGUGGAGUUCCGUCCUCCGUCAUGCGUAGGGACACUGAACAAGGAGAUGAAGAAGCUGGUUGUCCAAGAGCCAAUGCUAAAGCAGUGUCUCCAGUCUACUAUGGAUGAGGAGAGAGAGGAGGGGGAUCCUACCUCUAAGAUCGCUCUGUCUGGGGAACAUGGCCGCCGGAGCAAAGCUAAGAGCCCAGAGCAGCAGGAGAGAGCAGACUCCCCUGGAUCCAGCUGUGACUCCUUUGAGAGUGGCCAGUCUAUGGAAAGCCCUUUAAGUGUUAAGGAUGUAAAUCUGUCUAUGGGGAAGAGAAGGGUCCAGCAGCAGAGAGCAGACUCCCCUGGACCCAGCUGUGACUCCUGUGAGAGUGACGAGUCUAUGGAAAAACCUGCAAGGUUUAAGGAUGGACGCCCCUCCAGAGAGGACAGACCCCGGGAGGGGUCAAAGGUUACCAGUGCUCAGUCUGUACAGCAGCAUCAAACAGAGCUGAUCAAGAGGGCUGAGGAGAAUAGAGACCCUUUCCUAGACAAGGGGCUGAAGGAGCUCUGGACGGAUCUCUUCCUACAUAACCCACAUUGCUCAGAGAGUAAGAGGGAGGAGGAGGAGGAGGUGGAUGGUCUCCAGUCUACUAUGGAUGAGGAGAGAGAGGAGGGGGGUCCUACCUCUAAGUCCACUCUGUCUGGGCAACAUGGCCGCCGGAGCAAAGCUAAGAGCCCAGAGCAGCAGGAGAGAGCAGACUCCCCUGGAUCCAGCUGGGACUCCUUUGAGAGUGACCAAUCUAUGAAUAAACCUAUUCGUUUUGAAGAUGGAAAUCAGUCUAUUGGGAAGAGAAGGGUCCAAGAGGAGAGAGCAGACUCCCCUGGAUACAGCUGUGACUCCUUUGAGAGUAACCAGUCUAUGGAUGAACCUGUUUGUUUUGAAGAUGGAAAUCAGUCUAUUGGGAACAGACACCAGGAGAGGUCAAAGGUUACCAGUGCUCAGUCUGUACAGCAGCAUCAAACAGGGCUGAUCAAGAGGGCUGAGGAGAAUAGACACCCUUUCCUAGACAAGAUGCUGAAGAAGUUCUGGAUGGGUCCCUUCCUACAUUACCCACAAUGCUCAGAGAUUAACAGGGAGGAGGAGGAGGUGAAUGGAUCUGAUGCUGUCGAGUGCCAACAUAAAAUAAAGUCUAAUUUGAAGAAGAAGUUCAGGGUUGUGUUUGAGGGAAUCGCUAUAGCAGGACAGCGAACAGAUCUGAAUGACUUCCUCACAGAGAUCUUCCUCACAGAGAGAGGCAGUGGAGAGGUCAACAAGGAACAUGAGGUCAGACUGAUUGAAACAGCUUCCAGGAAACCAGCCAUGGAGGAAACACCAAUCAGAUGUGAGGACAUCUUUAAACCCGUACCUGGAAGAGAUCAACCAAUCAGGACAAUGAUGACAACUGGGGUGGCCGGCAUUGGUAAAACCGUCUUAACACAGAAGUUCACUCUGGACUGGGCCAAAGGCAAAGCCAACCAGGACUUACACUUCACAUUUCUCCUCACUUUCAGAGAGAUGAAUUUACUAAAAGGGAAAGAAUUUAGCUUGGUGGAACUUCUUCAUCACUUCUUUAUUGAGACCAAAGAAGCAGGAAUCUGCAGUUACGACCGGUUUCAAGUUGUCUUCAUCUUGGAUGGUCUGGAUGAGUGUCGACUUCCUCUGGACUUCCAGAGAAACCCGAUCUGGACUGAUGUCACAAAGUCCACCUCGGUGGACGUGUUGCUGACAAACCUCAUCAGGGGCGACCUGCUUCCCUCCGCUCGCAUCUGGAUAACCACACGCCCUGCGGCAGCCAAUCAGAUCCCUGCUAAAUGUGUUGACAUGGUGACAGAGGUGAGAGGGUUCACCGACCCACAGAAAGAGGAGUACUUCAGGAAGAGAAUCAGAGAGAAGACACUGGCCAGCACAAUCAUCUCCCACGUCAAAAAAUCACGAAGCCUCCACAUCAUGUGUCACAUCCCAGUCUUCUGUUGGAUCACGGCUACAGUUCUGCAGGACCUCUUCAAAACAUCCAAGAUAGGAGAUGAGAUACCCAAGACCGUGACUCAGAUGUACAGCCACUUCCUGAGGGUCCAGUCCAAACAGGUGAACAGAGAGUAUCCUGGGAGAGCUGAACCAGAUGCCCACUGGAGUUCAGAGAGCAGGGAGAUCAUUGUUUCUCUGGGAAAACUGGCUUUUAACCAGCUGGAGAAAGGCCACCUGAUCUUCUACGAGGCAGACCUGGCAGAGUGUGACAUCGAUAUCAGAGCAGCCUCAGUGUACUCAGGAGUGUUCACCCAGAUCUUUAAAGAGGAGUGUGAUCUGUACCAAGACAAGGUGUUCUGCUUUGUCCAUCUGAGCCUCCAGGAGUUUCUCGCUGCCCUUUAUGUCUUUAAGUCCUUCAUCAACACUGAUGUCAAUCUGCUCUCAGAAGAACCACCAACAUCCAGGCAAGAUAAACUCCUCCACCUCUACCAGAGUGCUGUGGACAAGGCCUUACAGAGUGAGAACGGACACCUGGACUUGUUCCUCCGCUUCCUCCUGGGCCUCUCUCUGGAGACUAAUCAGAAUCGCCUACGAGGUCUACUGGAAAUACCUAAAAAAGGAUACCUAGAAAAAGAUUUAAUGAAGAACAUUUGGUUAAGAGAAGAUCUGGCGAGGCGGAGAAGUAGACGAAGAUGGACCAAGCAGAAAACAAUGUCUUACAUCAAGGGGAAGAUAGAUGGAGAUCUCUCUCCAGAGAGAACCAUGAAUCUGUUCCACUGUCUGAAUGAGCUGAACGACUGUUCUCUAGUGGACCAGAUCCAACUGUCCCUGACAUCAGGAAGUCUGUUCAAAACGCAUGUCUCUCCUGCUCAGUGGUCAGCUCUGGUCCUCAUCUUACUGUCAUCAGAAAAGGAGCUGGAAGUGUUUGACCUGAAGGAAUACUCAGCUUCAGAGGAGGGUCUUCUGAGGCUGCUGCCAUUGGUCAAAGCCUCCAAAACAUCUCUGCUCAAUGGCUGUCAUCUGUCAGAGAGAUGCUGUGAAGCUCUGGCCUCAGUUCUCAGCUCCAACUCCUCUAGUCUGACAGAGCUUGACCUGAGUACCAAUGAUCUGCAGGAUUCAGGAGUCAAGCUGCUCUCUGCUGGACUGGGGAGUCCACACUGUACCCUGGAAACUCUCAGGAUGACUGGCUGUCAGCUGUCAGAGAGAUGCUGUGAAGCUCUGGCCUCAGUUCUCAGCUCCAACUCCUCUAGUCUGAGAGAGCUGUACCUGAGCUUCAACGAUCUGCAGGAUUCAGGAGUGAAGCUGCUCUCUGCUGGACUGGGGAGUCCACACUGUAAACUGGAAACUCUCAGCUUGUCUGGCUGCCUGGUCACACAGGAAGGCUGUUUAUCUCUGAUCUCAGCGCUGAGCUCCAACCCCUCCCAUCUGAGAGAGCUGGACCUGAGCUACAAUCACCCAGGAGACUCUGGAGCUGAGCUGCUCUCUGGUUUACUGAAGAAUCCACACUGGAGACUGGGCACUCUCAGUGUGGAGCACGGUGGAGUGAGGAGGCUGAGACCAUCUCUAAUGAAGUGUCUCCAGUCUACUAUGGAUGAGGAGAGAGAGGAGGGGGGUCCUACCUCUAAGACCACUCUGUCUGGGCAACAUGGCCGCCGGAGCAAAGCUAAGAGCCCAGAGCAGCAGCAGAGAGCAGACUCCCCUGGAUCCAGCUGCGACUCCUUUGAGAGUGACGAGUCUAUGGAAAAACAUGCUGAGUUUAAAGAUGGACGCCCCUCCAGAGAGGAGAGCCCAGAGCAGCAGCAGAGAGCAGACUCCCCUGGAUCCAGCUGUGACUCCUUUGAGAGUGACGAGUCUAUGGAACAACCUGCUGGGUUUAAAGAUGGACGCCCCUUCAGAGAGGAGAGCCCAGAGCAGCAGCAGAGAGCAGACUCCCCUGGAUCCAGCUGUGACUCCUGUGAGAGUGUCCAGUCUAUGGAUAAACCUGCUGACUUUAAAGAUGGACGCCCCUCCAGAGAGGAGAGUCACCAGGAGAGUUCAAAUGUUACCAGUGCUCAGUCUGUACAGCAGCAUCAAACAGAGCUGAUCAAGAGGCCUGAGAAUAGAGAACCUUUCCUAGACAAGGAGCUGAAGAAGUUCUCGAUGGGUCCCUUCCCACAUUACCCACAAUGCUCAGAGAGUGAGAGGGAGGAGGAGGAGGUGGAUGGUAAGAAGGAGGAGCAGAGGAGGCGUGCCAUAGAGGGAAUGGUGGACAUCACAAAGCUCUGCCUGGUGGAGAUCAACCAGGAGGAACUGGCAGACAAACUGGGGGGCAGAUCUGAUGCUGUCGAGUGCCAACAUAAAAUAAAGUCUAAUUUGAAGAAGAAGUUCAGGGUUGUGUUUGAGGGAAUCACUAAAGCAGGACAACGAACAGAUCUGAAUGACUUCCUCACAGAGAUCUUCCUCACAGAGAGAGGCAGUGGAGAGGUCAACAAGGAACAUGAGGUCAGACUGAUUGAAACAGCUUCCAGGAAACCAGCCAUGGAGGAAACACCAAUCAGAUGUGAGGACAUCUUUGAACCCUUACCUGGACAAGAUCAACAAAUCAGGACAAUGAUGACAACUGGGGUGCCCGGCAUUGGUAAAACCGUCUUAACACAGAAGUUCACUCUGGACUGGGCCGAAGGCAAUGCCAACCAGGACAUACACUUCAUAUUUCUCCUCACUUUCAGAGAGCUGAAUUUACUAAAAGGGAAAGAGUUUAGCUUGGUGGAACUUCUUCAUCACUUCUUUAUUGAGACCAAAGAAGCAGGAAUCUGCAGAUAUGACCUGUUUGAAGUUGUCUUCAUCUUGGAUGGUCUGGAUGAGUAUCGAAUUCCUCUGGACUUCCAGAACAACCCGAUCUGGACUGAUGUCACAAAGUCCACCUCGGUGGACGUGCUGCUGACAAACCUCAUCAGGGGCUUCCUGCUUACCUCCGCUCGCAUCUGGAUAACCACAAGUCCUGCGGCAGCCAAUCAGAUCCCUGAUGAGUGUGUUGACAAGGUGACAGAGGUGAGAGGGUUCACCGACCCACAGAAGGAGGAGUACUUCAGGAAGAGAUUCAGAGAGCAGACGCUGGCCAGCUCUAUCAUCUCCCACGUCAAAAAAUCACGAAGCCUCCGCAUCAUGUGUCACAUCCCAGUCUUCUGUUUGAUCACUGCUACAGUUCUGGAGGACCUCUUCAAAACAUCCCAGAGAGAAGAGGAGAUGCCCAAGACCGUGACUCAGAUGUACAGCCACUUCCUGAGGGUUCAGUCCAUACAGGGGGACAUGAAGUACCGUGGGAGAUCUGAAACAGAUUCACACUGGAGUUCAGAGAGCAGGAAGAUCAUUGUUUCUCUGGGAAAACUUGCUUUUAACCAGCUUGAGAAAGGCCACCUGAUCUUCUACGAGGCAGACCUGGCAGAGUGUGACAUCGAUAUCAGAGCAGCCUCAGUGUACUCAGGAGUGUUUACCCAGAUCUUGAAAGAGGAGUGUGAUCUGUACCAAGACAAGGUGUUCUGCUUCGUCCAUCUGAGCCUCCAGGAGUUUCUGGCUGCCCUUUAUGUCUUCUGGUCCUUUAUCUACACUGAUGUCAAUCUGCUCUCAGAAGAAGAGCCAACAUCCAGGGAAGAUAAACUCCUCCACCUCCACCAGAGUGCUGUGGACAAGGCCUUACAGAGUGAGAACGGACACCUGGACUUGUUCCUCCGCUUCCUCCUUGGCCUCUCUCUGGAGACCAAUCACAAUCUCCUACGUUGUCUGCUGGUAGAAAAUGAUAGAAGACAAAUCUUUUGGUCCAGAAAAUUGAGAAAAUUGCUCUUCAGGAACAAGGAAAUAGCAUCUUACAUCAAGACUAAGGUAGAUGGAGAUCUCUCUCCAGAGAGAACCAUAAAUCUGUUCCACUGUCUGAAUGAGCUGAACGACUGUUCUCUAGUGGAGCAGAUCCAACGGUCCUUGACAUCAGGAAGUCUGUUCAAAACACAUGUCUCUCCUGCUCAGUGGUCAGCUCUGGUCCUCAUAUUACUGUCAUCAGAAGAGAAGCUGGACGUGUUUGACCUGAAGAAAUACUCUGCUUCAGAGGAGGGUCUUCUGUGGCUGCUGCCAUUGGUCAAAGCCUCCAAAACAUCUCUGCUCAAUGGCUGUCAUCUGUCAGAGAGAUGCUGUAAAGCUCUGGCCUCAGUUCUCAGCUCCAACUCCUCUAGUCUGAGGGAGCUGGACCUGAGUACCAAUGAUCUGAAGGAUUCAGGAGUGAAGCUGCUCUCUGCUGGACUGGGGAGUCCACACUGUAAACUGGAAACUCUCAGCUUGUCUGUCUGCCUGGUCACACAGGAAGGCUGUGCUUCUCUGGCCUCAGCUCUGAGCUCCAACCCCUCCCAUCUGAGAGAGCUGGACCUGAGCUACAAUCACCCAGGAGACUCUGGAGCUGCGCUGCUCUCUGCUGGACUGAAGGAUCCACGCUGGAGACUGGACACUCUCAGUGUGGAGCACGGUGGAGUGUGGAGGCUGAAACCAGUUCCACAGAGAUAUGCCUGUGACCUCACCCUGGACCCCAAGACGGCCGGCGUAUACCUCUCUCUGUCUGAGGACAACAGGAAGGUGACGCGGUUGGGAAUGUACCAGUCGUAUCCGGAUCAACCAGAGAGAUUUGGCUACAAUUCCCAGGCGUUGGGUAGGGAGGCUCUGACUGGCCGCUGUUACUGGGAGGUAGAGUGGGAAGGACGGAUUGAUAUAGGAGUGACAUACAGAGGAAUCCCAAGGAGAGGAGGGGGUGGUGACAGCGGGCUUGGAGGGAACAACAAGUCCUGGAGUCUUUAUUGCUGUGAUGAUCGUUACUCUGCCGGGUACAACGAUAUAGAGACAGCCCUCCCUCUCCCCCCCGCUGGCUCCACCAGAGUAGGAGUGUAUCUGGACCGGCCUGCUGGCUCUCUGUCCUUCUACAGAGUGUCCCCAGGUGGAGGAGGGUCCUCAGACACACUGACACACCUCCACACCUUCCAGGCCUCCUUCACCCAGGAGGACCUCCUCCCAGUGCUCUGGGUAGGGAGGGGGGCCUCAGUAGCCGAGUUUACAUGGCAGAUCGAUGCCGCAUAGAUUUCUAUGCGGCAUAGAUCUGUUCCUAAAAUGUGUUCCGAAUGUACUGUAUAC